AAACAAUAAAAGUGAGAUGUAUAAUCGAGCAACGGUCUAUAUUUUGAUCAGCAUCUUGAUCGUCAGCGUUCGAGCUGUGCGAAAUGAUUUUUUCCGCAGUGGCCCAAAGAACUACUACAUAUCGCCGAUAAAAACAAAUUUCUUUGCCGCCCGCGAUCAUUGCAUUGCACAUGGCGCUGACCUGGCAACCUUCGACUCCAUUGCCGAUCUAGAAGCGGUAUCCAACUUUUUGAUUCAACACGGCUAUAAUUCCGAAUCCAAUGAUCUGUUUUGGGUGUCAUACUGGGACCUCGGCAGAGCUCAGGGUCUGUUCCACUCGAUAGCCACGGGCCAGCUUCUGACCACAUCUGGUUGGACUCAUGGACAGCCAGAUAACGCUGGAGGCGUUGAGCACUGCGUUCAAAUUUGGAAGAGGAAUGGCCAGUACGGAAUGAACGACAACAAUUGCAAUGUAAACCUCCGAGCCUUAUGCCAGCAAAGGACGUAUUUCUUUCCCCAAAAAUGUUGUCAAUACGGGCAUCAAAAUGGGAAUUGUAACUAACAUACCAAUUGUGUGAAAAGUUGUAAUUUUUGGCACAUUUAAAUUUCAGUUUUC